GCUCCAUUCAAACGAAAAAGAAGCACAUGUCACUGGAGUUGACGCGGAUCGUCAUUCCCACCCGUCGCUAUCUCCACCAACCCAGCGACUAUAUAAAUCCUCAACAUUUGCAUCACCCAUCAUUCCAUUCUCAAAGCAACAGAUUCAUUCGAUUCAACCCACUAAAAUCCAUCUCUCCCACUUCGUCUUCUCAAGGAAGCAACAAUGUCCGGCCGCGGCAAGGGAGGAAAAGGAUUGGGAAAGGGAGGCGCCAAGAGGCACAGGAAGGUCCUCCGAGACAACAUCCAGGGCAUCACCAAGCCGGCCAUCCGUCGUCUGGCUCGUCGUGGCGGCGUCAAGCGUAUCAGCGGCCUCAUCUACGAGGAAACCCGAGGCGUCCUCAAGAUCUUCUUGGAGAACGUGAUUCGUGACGCCGUCACCUACACUGAGCACGCUCGCCGGAAGACCGUCACCGCCAUGGAUGUUGUCUACGCGCUCAAGAGGCAGGGAAGGACAUUGUACGGCUUCGGCGGUUGA